GCCAAUAUUUAAAAUUUCUUGCUUUGCUGCUUUAGUAACAUGCAAAAGAAAUACUUAUUGGUUCUCAAAAUAAAUUCAACUUGAAUGUAAUUAAUCUGAAAAUUUUUGAGUACCACUAUGGCUAACUUCAAUCUAGAAAAUGAACUUAGUAAAGCUUUAAGUUUAGACGUUCCUUUAAGCAAAGGACCAAUUCCAAGAUGGCAAAGAAAGGCUAUGGAAAAAUCUCCUGAUUUAUCCAUGAGCUCCUGUGGUAAUAAUUCAACUUUGAUGAACUUAUCAGUGAAUAAGAGUGUCUCAAAGCCUAAUGCUAGUCCCAAAAAAGAUGACUGGGUAAAGAGGCUAACUCCUGGAAGAAAUAACAGUACUUCAAAAAGCCCUUUACAUCCCCAAGGAGACAGAUUUAUUCCCAACAGAAGUGCUAUGCAAUUCGAAUUAGGACAUUACAUGUUAUCUAAAAAUGGUGGAGAAGGAGAAGAAAACUUGAGUCCAAAGUCAUCUCACUAUAAAAAGACGAUGAGCGAAAAUCUCAAUGGAGAUAUUUCAAACUUCCGAAUUCUUGCAUAUCAAAAUAAAGCUCCACAAGCUCCAACAGGUCAUGCUAAUGGGUUGAAAGUCCUGUAUAGUUCUUCGAAAAACCCUGGUUCAACAAAGAAAGCCACCCGCCAUAUACCUCAGACUCCUGAUAGAAUCCUUGAUGCUCCAGAAAUAUUGGAUGAUUAUUAUUUAAACUUGAUUGACUGGAGUUCCCUUAACAUACUAGCAGUUGCUUUAUGUGGAACAGUAUUUUUAUGGAAUGCGAGCUCGGGUGAAAUACAGCAACUUUUAGACAUGCCAUCUCAAGAUGAGUAUGUUUCCUCAGUUUCUUGGUUACCAGAGGGUAAUAUUCUUGCUAUCGGAACAAGUUCUGCUGAAGUGCAAUUGUGGGAUGUUUCUGCAGAAAAGAAAAUUAGAACAAUGAAGAGUCAUACUUCAAGAGUACCAUCUUUGUCAUGGAAUACUUAUAUCCUAUCAAGUGGUAGCAGAAUUGGCACAAUUCACCAUCAUGAUGUAAGAGUUGCAGAACAUCACGUUGGAACACUCGAGAAUCAUUCUCAAGAGGUGUGCGGACUUCGAUGGUCUUUAGAUGGACGAUAUUUGGCUUCAGGAGGAAAUGACAACUUGGUUAACGUAUGGCAGUCAGAAAUAGGAUUAGGACAAACCGAAGCAGCACCUCUACACACAUUCAAUGAGCAUCAAGCUGCUGUGAAAGCUUUAGCUUGGUGCCCUUGGCAACCUAAUAUUUUAGCAUCUGGGGGAGGAACAGCUGAUCGACAUAUAAGGUUUUGGAACUGCAAUCUGGGUUCUUGCUUGAACUCAAUUGAUGCAAAAUCCCAGGUAUGCUCCAUAUUAUGGUCUAAAGAAUAUAAGGAAAUUAUUUCUGGUCAUGGUUUUGCUAACAAUGAAUUAAUUAUCUGGAAAUAUCCUUCAAUGACUAAAGUUUGUGAAUUAAUUGGUCAUAAAUCAAGAGUUCUAAAUCUUGCCAUGAGCCCAGAUGGAGCAACAGUAGUAUCUGCUGGGGCAGAUGAAACAUUACGAUUAUGGAACUGUUUUGCUUAUGAUCCUAAGAAGAAAAAGGUUUCCUCAGAGAUAACUUCGCAUCGAAGUGACAUAAUGAGAAGUAGAAUUCGCUGAAUGUCUAGAUUUUUUUUUCUUGUACAAAUAUUUGUAAUGUGAUGUCAAUGUAAAUCAUGUUGUGAGAAUGAUGACUUUUAAUUUUUACCUUAU